AUGUCAACCAACCAGUUACUCUACAUCUUCCAGCACGGCCACGGCUUGAUCACCUUCACCAGUGUCCUUACCGUCGUGAUCCUGGACCAGUGGAGAAUCAAGUUCCAGCCAAAGUACCUCCUCCAGACCAUGCUCUACACGGAUGCCCUGGCCUUCUGCUUCUUCUAUGCGGGAAUCGGCCUCGGCGGAAGCGUCUCACCGUGCACACAGACGUAUCUUGGGUUCAUAUCUGACCUCAUAUGGGCCGCAAAGGACGGUUUCAAGCACGCCUAUCUGGUGUGGAAGGUUCUCAAGGUCGUCACCAAAUACACACGGAAGACCCAGCUGCUCAUGUAUUCGAGCGCGGGAAUGGGGUCCUUUGUCAUUUACAUUGCCUACAUGGCCCAGGCAUAUGUUCUCACAGGAACAUGUGAAGGCAACGGAACCGUCAGCAUCACCUGGACAUUGAUCCUGCUCUACCUCUACUGGUUCGUCGUCGAUUUCGGGGUGGCUGUUAUCUUCAUCUGGUUUUUGUCCAAGCACAUCGCCGCAUCCAAGCUGCUCACUCCCCGCAAGGCCAGCACGCCAUCGGCAACCCAGUCAAGCUCUCCGGCCGGAUCGCUCAACCGUGUUCUGCACCGCGAGACCUUCCGAGUGACCUUCUCGUCGGGCCUGGGCUUCAUCGUGUGCAUCUUGGUCGUCAUCCAGUUCAUCACUGGGCAGCCGAUUCUAUACAUCAACGGAAUCAUCUUUACCAUGGCACAUCCUGCAUCCGACAUGCACUGCCCUGAUUCAUCUUUCGAUACGCCAGCCCAGCACAUCCUGAUUCUCAGUACAGUCAACAAUACCUUCAAGGACGAAGAGGUGAGCUCCCAUGGCACCCACAGCCAGACUGGAAACCGAGGCGCCGAGACCUACGGCCGCCCGUGA